UUUCAAGAUGUUCUCAUUUCUGAUGCAAAUAGCAUUUCUGCUAUCAACACUAAGUCUUCAUCUCAUCAGUGGACACAAUGACGGAAAUUUAUAUCAAGCCAAAGAUAAUCUUCCAGAGUUUGGUCCAGCAAAGCCAACACGCUAUCUCCUUUAUGAUGUCAAUCCAGGGGAAGGGUUCAACCUGAGACGGGAUGUAUACAUGAGGGUGGCCAACAUGGUCAAGUUUCUCAAUGAGGUUGAGCCCUGGGUGUUGGUGCUGCCUCCCUGGGGCCGGCUCUACCACUGGCAGUCGGGGAUUCAGCAGACCAAGCAACCCUGGAGGCAUUUCUUUGAUGUAAACAGCCUCGCUCUGCUUGCACCCGUGAUGGAGUUUGAAGAUUACCUGAAAACUGUAGCAAAAGACGUGGAUCAUGUGUAUUACCUACAGCGAUUCAAGGGAGGCUGGAGCGGUAAAUGGGAGGAGAAGAUGGAGAUAUGUGAGUGUGUUGAGCAACCUCGCUACAGGCAGUUAGGUAAUGGUUUGUGGGAGGGGCAGUUCUUUGGAUAUGAGAAUUUCUAUGCCAAAAAAUUUGACUGUUUGUCAGCUCAGGCCUAUUAUGUAACAUUUAAAGAUUUUUUGGUGAAUAAUUCAACUGAUAGAUCAGUAUUUUUGGACAGGGCUGAGACAUUGAUUCAUGGCCGGUAUAGUGAAUGGUCUCCUGAAUGGUGGACGGCUAGACGCAGCAUGGUAUUUGCCAAGCAGCUCAGGGACAUUGGUGAUAAGUUCAGAAAGGAUUUCCUUGACUCUGAUGAUCAGUCAGACAAAACAGAGCUAGAGGUCUGGACUCAGAUGAAGAGGAAACAUGGUGAGGCUAAAGGAGGGCCAUAUGCUGCCCUGCAUCUGAGGAGGAAGGAUUAUCUUUAUGCCCAUAAAAAGGAAGUGCCUAGUCUUGAAAAUGCUGCAAAACAAAUUGCCAAAUAUCUAAAGAAGUACAAACUUAAAAAGCUGUUUCUUUCCACAGAUGCUCCAGCUGACCAGGUUAAAGAAUUCAAAGAGCUUGUUGAAAAAGCUGGAUAUGAAGUAUUCAAAUAUACACCAACUUCAAAAGAUUUGGAAAUUCUGAAAGAUGGAGGUGUAGCUAUUAUAGACCAAUGGAUUUGUGCACACGCUCAGAUAUUUGUGGGCACAUAUGUUUCUACGUUUUCAUUCCGCAUCCAGGAAGAGCGGGAAAUCAUGGGAUUUAAUCAAGAGGCUACAUUUAACCGACUUUGUGGUGAUGAAGAAGGGAAAGACUGUGAACAGCCAACUAAAUGGGAUAUGAAGCUCUAGUUGAAGAGAAAAUAUUACGUUUUUGUGGUUUUUGGCUUUAUUGUCUUUAUGUGUAAUAAUUAUCAUUAAAGGGGCUUGUUCAUGUUUUAUAGGGCUAGACAUCAAAAUAUUGAGUGUGAAAUGCAAGCAAAAUGCUUGUUUCAGUGAUGAAACACCAUUAAAAGCUAAAAGUAGAGAAUAAGUAUUUAAAAAUAAAACAGGAAAUUAUUUAUUUUGCCGAAAAGCGUUAGUAAAGCUUUUGAAAACUGAUUUUUUAGGCUUGUUUUAUGCAAUUCUUUUUCGAUCAAUAUAUGCAAUUUUUGUUUGGUGUUUGGUCAUAAAAGUAAGGAAAAUGAAUUUUAACAAAGUAUGAAAUAAUGCUGCCAAUAUAAAAGUUAGUCCUUUUAAAAGUUAGUGUUAACCCUUAAGAUUUGAGUUUUAGAAAAUUUGAUUUUAAAGAAACAUCUGACCAUGUUCAUUUUAUUUAUUCUGUUAUCUUUUAUAUAAAAAAACCCUUUAAACUUACUUUAUAUGUUUUGAUCAUUCUGUUUGUGAGUUAUGUUUAUUGCUUUUAUAUUUUAAUUGGGUGAUUAUGUAAUAUGUAUACCGUUAGCUGUAUAUAUGGUUUAAUACUUUAUAAUAUGAAGUGUCACUUAAAAAAAUCUUACAGGGAAACAGUGUGGUUUUUUUCUGGUCAAUAUAAAAAUAAACAUUUUUUCCCAAAAGUGAAAGUAAAACUCAAAAAUAAUUUCAUCAAGACAUCAGACCCUCAUAUCAGAAUUCCAACCAAUGGAUGAAUUGGUGUUUUCUUAUAGAAACAAACUUGAUCACAUUCUUUCAUUUUUUAUGAAUAUUUGUUAAAGCAUUUUUAUCAACUUCUAUGCAAAAUUGUAGUUCUCAGUUUUAGUCAAAGUGACGACAGUUACCCUGUUGGAAAGGCCCUUUUCCCCUAUUCCAAAAAUACCUUAAUGAUGGUGAAAAAAACACUGUAUAGGUUUUAUUUUGAUUCUAUUGUUUAUAAAUGAAUAUUUUACUGAAUACCUAUGCGACAUAUGUGGUUAAACAUUUAUCAAACUUUUUAAAUAUAUUUGUUAAGCACUGGUGAAUUUACAAUGUACUUGUUUGUUGUGGUUGAUAUUGUCAUAAUAAAAUUUUCCACUGCCACAAUUAUUUUAAAUGUUUUUAACUAAAUCAAAUGUUAUUUAUUUAUACUGUGUACUUAUAUUUGAUGUCAUUUGUUUUUUUAUUAAGUUUCCAAGUUUCCAAGUGUCCGAAUAAACUGUGUGCGAUAAUAAAAGCCUUGUUUGUGUGCAUCA